AUGUCAGGACACUUACUGUCCAGAGUCGUGGCGGAUGCCCUUGUUGAUGAGGUCCGUCGCCUCCGUGACGAUUUCCUCAAACAUUAUCCCAUCCUCCGGAGUUCUUCCACCAAUACGGCAGACCGCGACCUCGCUUCACCUUACCUUUCUACGUCUCACAACUUAAAUGAUGUCAAAGUUCAUGUCCAGAGAGUACAUGGAGAGUGGCAAGUCGCUGUUGCUCUCCAGAAGAAGGCUUUAGAAGGGAAGGGGUCUUCGGAUCCCAGGACACGAGCGAUUCAAAAGACAGCUCAACACUUUGCGCGGCGACCAGAGGUUUUAUCUUUUUCCGACGAGGAACUCAAAAUCAUCAUGGCAUCCUAUGCAUACAAUCUAAGUGGUGUAUUUGGCUUCUCCGUCGCCUUCGCAGAUCUCUGCGCCAUCAAGGCACGAGUUCAAAGUGGUGUGCUUUUUGCAGAUAGAUUUGCAGAGGUGAUGUGCCUACAGGCGAACGGAAUACUAUGGACGUCUUCGAAUAGUGCAACCGCGAUCACGUCCGUUUUGUAUCCCCACGACCGCACUACUUCAGGAAAGGCCCAGGGACUUCGCUUUGGGCGACAGUACUUCUUGUCUGCAGCAAGUCUCACGGACAUUGUAAAGACCAUCACAGAGUUUCUUCAAUAUGUCUCGAUGCAGUUGAACUAUACUUUACUGAAGUCGCACCCGAUACUCGUUCCCGAGCUUAUCCGACUCCUCGUCGACAAAGAAGGCGAUUUAUAG